ACUUUGUCUCUUCCUCCGCGCCAGGCAAUGAGCUAGCCAUGGCCUACAACCCGCUAUCCCUCUUCCCCCUCCCGCCGCAAGUCGCGGACCCGAAGCCCGUGCCGGCCGCGCUCGCGGUCGACGGCUUCGCCGACAUGCUGUGGGUGGGCAGCGCCGGCGGGCUGGUCAGCGCCUUCGCGAGCCCGCUCACGCUCACGCGCAACGUCCAGUUUCCCGCGCACGGCGCGGCCAAGGGCCGCGACUUCGUCCCCAUGCCGGGGAUACAUGCGGGCGUGCGCCAGAUCCGCGUCACGGACCGCGAGGUGUGGACGCUCGCCGAGGGCGGCAUCAGCGGGCGCAAGCGCGGCGGCGCGCCGCGCUGGAGCGUAACCGACGUGACGCGCUCGCUGCGCGCCAUGACGCCCGCGCCGACCAACUCGCACGAAGUGCUCGCGGGCGGCACGGGGCAGAUGGUGCUUGUCAACAAUGCGCGCGGCGAGAUCGUGCGAAGAUUCGAAUCGCCGAGUACCGUCGUGCACCUCGGCACGCUGCAGCGAAAUAUCGUGUGCGCGUCCGGAUCGGGACAGGUGUCGUUGCUCGACCCGCGGAUAGGCUUCCGCCCCGCCGCGAACGUCUUGCCCGUGCAAGCGCAUACGGGCGGGAUGAGCGGCGCCGACACGCAGGGACACAUUAUCGCGACGUGGGGGUGGACGCAUAUGCAGGGCCACCCGCUGCCGGACCAGCUUGUGCGGCUGUACGACACGCGAACGCUGCGUGCGCUCCCCCCGAUCAGCUUCAGUGCCGGUCCGGCGUUCGUCCUCCUCCACCCCUCCGACUCGUCCAAGGUCGUGAUUGCCAGCCAGUCUGGCAUGCUCCAGGUCGCGGAUAUGAGCGCAAGCUCGAACGAGUUCCAGCAGCUCGACGUGAGCAGCUACAUCACGAGCAUGGCGCUGUCCCCGCGCGGCGAUUAUCUCGUGUUUGGCGACGGCGAGGGGCAGCUACACCUGUGGACGCAGCACGACACGGGCGAUGGGGCCGUGGUUGAUGCUAAUGGCAACCUCGACCUUCCCCCUUUCAACGGGUACGAGGGGAUAAAGCCAGAGUGGCCAGACCCCGUCGAGCCCCCACCCCCAAUCGCUUGGGACGAGGGCACGCCGCUCAAUGUCAUCGGCGUGCCGCACUACGAGGACCCACUGCUCUCUAACUUCUCCCCCGCCGACUACGCUACUGUCUACUCCCCGUUCUUCAACCCACCAGAACAAAUCCCUCAAUCUAUCCUCGCCACCCUCCAGUACCAGGACUUUGUCGGGUACGGGCAGCUGCCCAAAGAGUUCAAGGGGCGGCGUAAUGUCGUGACGGCGCGCGCGGGUGCAGGCAAGCAGUGUCUGCCGCGCGGCGCAAUAGGCAACCGGCGCGAGAGCGAGCCGCGCUUCCGCUCCGAGAAGGACCGUGUGCGCAGAAAGCCGUCGACGCAGGAGAUCGAGGAAGAAACACCCGCCGGCCAGGUGCCCAAGUACUAUCGCAAAGUCGCGAUCAAGUACUCGCGCUUUGGCGUGGAGGACUUUGACUUUGGCUUCUACAACCGCACGGCGUACUCGGGCCUCGAGACGGACAUAUCAAACUCGUACACCAACGCGCUGUUGCAGGCGCUGCAUUACACGCUCCCGAUCCGUGCCGUUGCCAAGGCCCACAUCUGUGUCGACUGCCAGAAGGAGGCGUGUUUGCUGUGCGAGGCGGGCUUUCUCUUCCGCAUGCUCGAGGACGCGAAGGGCACUAAUUGUCAGGCGUCCAACUUCUCGCGCGCCUUCAGCGCCACACCGCAGACAUCGGCAUUGGGCCUGAUGGAGUCGAACGACAAGCUCGCACAAUACACCCUAAUCCAGAACUUUAACCGCUGGCUCCUGUCGACCUUUACGACCGAGAGCAUCGUCAACGGCAAGAGCUUUAAUCUACGCACCUCUGACAUUGCCAACCUUUCCCUCGCUUCCGCCCCAUCCGCGAUCAACCAGGUCCUCGGCAUCGCCGUCAAGACGACCAACACGUGUCUGGCGUGCAACCAUGUCGCGACGCGCGAGAGCUUGCUGCAGACCGUCGACCUCGCAUAUCCGCGCAAACCGGCGGACGCGGGGCCGUUCGCUGACGUGUUGCGUGCUGCGAUUGUGCGAACGAGCAGCACGAAGGCGGCAUGUCCGAACUGCAAGCAGUUUGCACCCCUCGACUCGAAGCGUGACCUGGCCGGCACGCCAGAGCGAGCGCUUCCCCCCGUGUUAAGCGUCAACGCGAUGGCGAGCUCGCCAGAACAACAGGAGGUAUGGCGCGACCGCACAGAAGGGGGCAAGCCCAAGCGCUUCCUUCCUCAGUCUGUGGCGUUCCGGAGGGGACCAAAAGGCCUCAUUGCAGAGAACAACGGCGACACGGGGAUCAUCUACGAUGUCAAGUCGGUGGUCGUGCAAGUGCAGACGGCACCUGAGAACCCGGCGCAUCUUCUCUCGUUUGUGCGCGUGUCCGACGAACAAUGGGUCAUGUUCAACGAUUUCUUGGUGCGACCAGUCAAGGAAGAAGAGGUCUUCUCCUUCGCCGAUUGGAAGGUGCCCGCUAUCAUCAUGCUUGAACGGCGCGACUGCUCGGCGCUGCUCGACUACGAGCGCCUGCCGAAGCAAUUGGACCACGAGGUUCUAUUCAAGGACCAGAAUAUGGCUUUCAACCGCGACAGCAACGCCAUAAUGGCUGAAGUGUUGACACCUGCUGAACUGCCCACUCCAGGCACGCUGAUCAGUAUCGACGCAGAGUUCGUCGCACUGCAGCAAGAGGAGCUAGAGUUCCGCUCCGACGGUACGAAGAAGAUCCUCCGCCCCUCCCACAUGUCGCUCGCGCGAGUGUCUGUCCUGCGCGGGCCUGGGGAGAAGGAGGCCGUGCCCUUCAUCGACGACUAUAUUUACACGAAGGAGGCGGUCGCCGACUAUCUCACCGAGUUUAGCGGCAUCAAGGCCGGCGAUCUGGACCCAAACAACUCCCAGCACACGCUCGUGCCCCUCAAGGUGGCGUACAAGAAGCUGCGGUUACUUGUGGACCUUGGCUGCAUUUUCAUCGGGCAUGGGUUGAGCAAGGACUUCAGAACGAUCAACAUCUUUGUUCCGCCAGAACAAGUCAUGGACACUGUCAACCUGUACACGAUCCCUGGGCGCAGCCGCAAGCUCAGCUUGCGCUUCCUGACCUGGUUCCUGUUGAAGAAGGAGAUCCAGAGCAAGGAGCACGACUCGAUAGAGGACGCGCGCCACGCGUACCUCCUGUACAAGCGCUACCGGGAGUUUGAGGACGAGGGGCGCUUCGAAGACGUAAUGGAGGACAUCUUUGCCGAGGGCCACAAGACGGGCUUCAAGCCGCGCAGCGAAGCCGAUGCGGCGCGCGCGGAGACCCCCACGCCGGGCCCGACGUCCAGCCCAGCACCACCGGGCGGUAACGGGAGCAGCGCGUUCCCUCCGCUGCAGACUGCGCGGCGGCACAAGUUUGCGCGGGGGCAGUGGACUCCGCCCGCGCCGUUCGUGCCGAGUAGGAGAUGAUAGUGUCAGAAGAUAGAUACAUCACGGCGUACCCCUAUGCAUACGCAUCGCACGC